AUUGCGCAGCGUGAGAUUUUUCAUACGCAAGAUAAUAAUUGCAGCCGAAGGACACUCAACUUCAAAAGCAGAGGAAAACAAUAACCUCCAAACCUUUGGCCGUUGUUUAGAUGUCGGCUAUCCCUGUGAAUUAUUGUCAUUUUAUUUACAUGAUGUUAUUACACCUGCACCAAUGAGAUCAUCAGUGAGUGUAAUUUUAUCCAGCCCUGCUCCUGACACCAGAAUGUCUCAUCCAGAUUAUGAUCAAAUUGCUCAAGAUCAUGCGUCAAUAUUGAUCCUGGUUCAUCACCAUCAAGAGGGAUUACUAAAAUCCAAAUCAUUUAUAAAAGUUUGGGAUAAAAUCAGAAGGGUCAAUCACACCAAGGUGACAGAUUCAGCUGGAGUUACCCGACAGGUUUAUGUGAAAUACGUCAAGGAGUACCCCGUUGAAAGUAAUGACUGGGGUGAUUUCCAAACUCAUCGAAGACUAUUGGGCCUUAUAACAGUUGGUCAAUAUGAGUCUCAAAUAGACUUGAAUGAAAUUUGUAGGGUUCAUGAGUCUCUUAAAGUACGAUAUACAUCCACACUUUAUGAUUCACGUUGUAUUCUAUUUGGUGUUGAGGAUGAUCAGCUCAAAACACCUUCCAACUUUAAAUCCUUGCCUCUUUGGUACACUGAUGUUGACUCGUGCACAGAUCUUGAGUCCCAGGUUUCUGAACUCUUGAACUCCCUCUUUUGGGUUUUAGAAUCUAAACGACAGGAAAGAAGCCGUGAAAAACUGGAUCGGGUUCCAUUGCUCUUGGCACCUUUCGAAAGAAAAGACAUAGUUGGUCUGGACUUGGAGUCAAGAACAAACAGGAAGAAGUGCACGGGCCGAAUGAUCAAACACCUUGGAGAUUUGAGCCUUCAAGCAGGUGUUCCUCAUGAAGCGUUACAACAUUAUAUUUUGGCAAUUGAUAAUUUACGUUCUGUGAAUGACUGGUUGUGGCUUGGGGGAGCUUCUGAAGGUUUGUGUGCAGCGUCAGUAGUUGUGCUUUACCCAGGACGCUGGAGAACUUUUCCCAUUCAACGCAAUGCAUCUCUACCACCGAGCCCUGGAAAGCGAAGGCCUGGAUCUAUUGGACCAAGUUCCUUGCCUCCAGGGUCCUUAACACCUGCUCCAAUUGCUGUUGAAGAUGCAGCAAAAGCUCUCUCCCCAGAGGGUAUUCUCAGACGAUAUCAAGAGGCAAUUCAAAAUUAUGCCAAGUAUCAAAGUGCAGGAUUGAUCGAGACUGAAGCAUGUUUUAAGGCUGCUCAAAUAGCAAUCCAACAAGGAUGUCCAUUACAGGCUGCUUCCUUCCUGAAAAAUGUUGUUCUUAUCAAUUUAACUUUGACAGAGCAAGAAAAGAUUCAGAGGUUUUUAAGCCUGUCAGAGCUGUACACUCAGAUGGGCUUCCACCGGAAAGCCUCAUUAUGUAGGAGACUUGCUGCUACUAGGCAUGUGUCUGAUCAGAACAGACAACCAGAUUGGACUCAGUGUUAUAAUCUUAUGCUUCAAGCUUUAGAUGGACAUAGAUUGUCACUUGACCCUACUGAACGUACUUCAGGUGGUGCUGCUGAGGGUUGGCCGGCUCUGCAAAUACACCUCCUGCAGCAGUUGGUUGUUGCAGCCCGGAGAAUGGGUCACUCAGCUCUGGCUACACGACACAUGACUUUCCUGCUUCAGACGAUGUGGCAUUUUCUCAAUCCGACCGAGCAGCGGGACUUGGCAAAGCAGCUUCAAAAGCUUGCUGCUGAAUGUGAAGGUGCCCCUGUUCCUUUGGUCCUGGAUACACGUGCAGUGAUCCCUCCUGCUAAUCUUACUAAUAUUCCUAAGGCAAAGAACUUUCGACUUCAAGAUCUACCCUUACAUCUCAGGCCCCAGAAAUUGGAGAAGAUAAAGGAGGAUAUUGGUCCAUUUUUGUACACCCCUAUCUCAUUUGGAUCACUUGAUCGCAAAAGCACAAAAUCUCAAGGGAAAAUGGAUUAUUUGUGGGUGGAAGGUGAUAUGUGUGAAGUUCUCUUAGAUGUUUACAAUCCACUCCCGUUUGAACUAAAAGUGUCUAAUAUGAGAUUAUUGGCUAGUGACGUUGUGUUUGAAAGUAUUCCAUCUUCAAUCGUCCUUCCCCCAGACUCAGGCCCUAACUCCAUUGUGUUAGCUGGUGUUCCAAAAGAAGUAGGAGAUUUGGAAAUUCAAGGAUACUCCACUCAUACCCUUGGAGUCAAGUCGAACUGCCAGCUUCGUCAUAUGCCUCAUAUGCCUCAACCGUCAUUUUCUGUUGAGGUUGUCCCAGCUUUGCCUCGUAUGGAGGUAUCGUUACCUGUGCAGAAGAGCAACUUGCAAGUCCCUCAUGCUGAUGCAUCUGCCUCAAUAACAUCAGUCUCUAAAUCUCUAUAUGCUGGCGAAAGUGAUGAGUGUCAAGUUACAAUAAUCAAUUCAGGAACCCAGCCUAUUGAAAUGCUAGAAAUAACAGCUCAGUGCGUGUUAGAUCCAAGUCAGCUUCGACAAGUGUUACAAUGGAGUGCAGAUAACAUUCAAGCUCAAUUGCCUCUUCCUCCUGGGGCGUCAGCAAGUUUUACUUUGUAUCUUCAUGGGUGUGCAGAGUUCAUUGCUCCUCCCCGUAAUGAUUUGAUUGAUGGAGGAAGUCAACCUAGUAGUUUGCUGUCAGGACCUAGCUCCCUUCCGUCCCGUCUAAGCUCACUGACCUCAUCGGCUCCUUCACGUUAUCCACAUCAUAAUGGAUUAUCUUCUGGGUCAUUUCGCUCUCAAAUUAGUAGUCGCUCAGGAAGCAGUGUUGGCUCAUCGCGACUUCAUUCCAAAGUCUAUGAUCCCUCUGCCCCUAAGGUUAUUGACUGUCAGCUUAAAUUAAGAUAUUCUGGAGGGCCAGGUUUAGAAGCUGGUUACUGUCGAGUUACAUCCGUGUCACUCUCUCUUGAAAUUUUGCCUUCUAUUCUUAUUACUAGUUGGGACGUUCUUCCAGCAGAAACGAGUUCUCAAUUUUACCUUGUUCUUGAUGUGACCAAUAAAACACUUGGGGAACUUGAACUCCAUUAUGCUGAUGGAAAGGUUAUGCUUUUUGAGGGAAAUGAAGAGUGUCGCAUUGCAGUGCCAGUUGAACGUUGUCCUCUCUCCAAAUUGUCAAAGCUGUAUCAAAAUAUUGAGUUGUCUGACAUUGAAAAGGCAGAAUUGGAUAUAAUCUGUAGUGAUCACAUAGCUUCACUUGUUGAUUUGAAAUGGGUGUUGCCAGUUAGUUCAAGAAGUGGGAAGGCUUCACUGCGCGGACUAUCCCUCACUGCUGAUAUGUUAGAUAUAGUGAGGAUGUCACCAUUACAGUGGGAAGUACUCUUAAACAAAGAAGUUGCUAAACCACUUUCGGAGUUGACGUGUGUUGUGGGUCAAUGUAUGCAGCUUGGUGUUACUGUGCAAAACUUUUUAGACUGGCCACUUAAUAAUGUUGCUCUUGCCUUAAAAUUCUUCCAAGAAUAUCAGAGUGGUGUUAGAAAUUACAGGCUCGAUUCACAAUUGGCGGUAGCUGGAGCCUCUAAUGUACUUUUGGCGCAGCUGGAUGACCAAGGUAGUGUUUAUCACGAAUGUAAUGUAGUUUUCUUCAUGCCUGGAUUAUACAAAAUAGACAUCCAAUGCUCUUCUCAAGCAAGACCUGUGAGUGUGGUGCCGUCUGGAGAUGUUGGCAAUUCUCUUCCUGCCCACACUUGGAAGUUAAUACCACCUAUUGAAAUAACAGUAACUGAUCCUUAGAAGAAAAUUAAUUGCUCACUUUUUCCUUGUUGAUUUGAUCAUUUCAGUAUUACAGCAAGAGUAUACAAGUGCCAUCUCAGAAUUUUGAGUUCUUAAAAGACUUACAUGUAAGAAAUGAUGUGUAAAACCUUUGCUCUUCUUUGUUUUUGUCAUUUAAGUUUUAUUUGUGGGGAACCCUGGGUCGAAUGUGCUCCAAGUAGUCUUAAGAUUCAAGUAUGAUACAUGUAAUUUUUGUCAUAAUAUUGUGCCAAUUGUUCUUAAAAGUGAAAUGGUAAAUUUCUUGAAGGUCGAUUGGUUAAAGGGUUAUACCCCUCUAAUAGCAUAAUUUCUGCCUGUCAUUUUCUGGGAAUUUUCAUUUGAGAGUAUUUAAAUGUUUGUAUGCCAUAUUUUCUGUUCAGAAUUGAUUUGCUCGUUAUAAAUGAAUGAUUAUUGGAGUAAGUUUACAGUUCAGGAUGUAUUGUAUCUAGUUGUAUUCUUUUUCAACCUGUUCAUAGACUUUAUAAAUGUAAAAUGUGAUACUGAAUGGUGCUGUCAAACCAACAACAUUCCAUUCGAAUGUUCUAUGAACUCACUACUUUCCUGGUGUUGCACUGUGUUACUUGCAGAAUACCUGUCACUGCAUGAAAUGUCUUAUUUUACAUGAAGGCGUUUUUUUUACAAGACUUAUUAUCAAUCAUAUAGUGAUUUGUCAUAUGUUUGUCACUGUUUGUCACCUGCUUUCAGUUAUUCUAGUCUAUUCUUUUCCAUCUUUUGACGAUUUAUUAGAUUUCACCAACUAUUUCAUAAAUGGUUCCAUUUUUCUCUCUCAGCUCUCUCUUUGACAAGUUGCUUGUAAAGAAGGGCUACUUUCAGUAUUCAUAAGUUUGUUAAAAUUUAGAUGCAAAUUUGUCUGAGUGAUAAGAAUUCUUCUGAUUAUCAUAAGUGAAAAACAGCAUAAUAGUCAUCUUUGGAAAUUGUUGAAGGGUAUAUUGCUCAAGAACUUGUUUGCUUUGUUUUCUGCUCGUAAUAACACACUAAUGCUGAAAACAGGGACUACAAAAAUGUGCUCACUAAUUAAAUGGUCUUUAAGGAAAUACACAUUGUAAUGACCAAAAAAUAUUUAAAAUUGUUGCUUGUAUGUGAGUAAUCUUUGUUGAUUAAUGUGCAAAGUUUUCAUACUAUUGUUGACUGCCCUGAAAUCUGUUUAUGGUAUUAAGGUUUAUUUACCUGUAAACAAUGAUUCAAUAUAAAGUUUAUUUUUAUUGUUAAAGUCA